AGUUUGAAUCGGGUGUUCAACGAGUGAAGACAUUCAAGGUCAGGGUCACCAAAAUGGGCAAAGUAGUGCUGUACACCGCCAAGAUCAGUCCUCCGGGGCGUUCCGUGGAACUGACCGCGAAGGCGUUGGGGUUAGGGCUGGAGAUCAGACAGGUUAACCUGCUCGCCGGAGAACAUUUGAAGCCGGAGUAUUUGAAGCUGAAUCCCCAGCACACGGUACCGACGAUAGUCGAUGAAGAUGGAACCGUAGUGUACGACAGUCACGCGAUCAACGUAUACUUGGUAACGAAGUACGGAAAGGAUGAUGGUCUGUAUCCCAAGGAUGUGGUCACCAGGGCCAAAGUGAACGCCGGUCUCCACUUUGAUUCGGGAGUUCUUUUCGCCAGAUUGCGCUUCUAUUUCGAACCUAUUCUUUAUUUUGGAUCUGGAGAGUCACCCCAAAGCAAGAAUGACUACCUGUAUAAGGCGUACGAACUGCUGAACGAUACCUUGGUCAACGAUUACAUCGUUGGAAACAGUCUCACUCUGGCAGAUUUGAGCUGUAUUGCCUCGAUCGCCUCGAUCAACGCACUGUUCCCGAUCGAUGCGACCAAGUACCCGAAGCUGGGCGCUUGGUACGCGCGGGUCGCCGAGUCUCCGUGCUACAAACCUAUCAUCGAUGCCGAUGAGCUGCCAGCCGUUGUUCGUGCCAAGCUGGUGGAGAAUCGAAAGUAGAAAAUGAUGUGCACAAUUAAAUACAAA